AUGGCCCCCGCAAAUGCCAAAGCCAACUACAAGACCUACGAGGCUCAGGCCCGUAUGGUUCGCGCCAUCGUAGCCGCUCAUCCCGACGUCAAGUGGAACUACAAGGAAAUCGCCGCUUGUUACGGCUCUGACAUGACGGACCAUGCUUUGAAUCAUCGAUUCCGCAAGGUUCGGGCAACUGUCAGCAUUAUCCAUGCGGCCCGUGAGCAAGGUCUCGAUGUCAAGGAUUUGACCACCGACGAAAACCUUCUCCCUACCACACAGGGAGCUAUUGACAAGAACAAUAUCGCCAAAUACUUUGGUCAGUCUACCGCAGAUGGCAUCCAGUUCCAGUUUCGGACCAUCAAGAAAGACGCUGAGGCUCUUCGUUAUGCCGCUAACAACGGCGACGAUGUCGCCAACUGCCUCAACCUUGGGACCGCAUCCGGGUUGCCAAACACCCCGUCCAAGCCGACUCCCUCGCGCCAGCAUGGAAGUCGAUCGGGCAAGGGAUCCAAGCGCAAGACCUCGUAUACGCCCUUGAAUCCCAUCAAGCGUUCUGGCUCAGAAGAUGAGGACGACGACGAGCUUAACUUUGACGACAUGGAUCAUACUCCCUCAAAGAAAGUCAAGACAACUGGACGUACUCCUCGUGGCCCUACACCCUCUCGCACAGCUGCCCGGAAGGCCGCUGCUACUAUCGCCGGCGCUUCUGCGCAGUACAAUGACAGCGAGUCUCCGUACGAAGAUGCCCCUACUCCAACUCCAGGUCCUACUUCGGCUCCUGUCGGUCUCCCUGCUGCAGCGCUCCCUUCCUCUGCGCCUGUUGCUCCAACCUCCAUCUUUGGCAACGUAGAGCGUAAGCCUCAGCCGUCCGUGGGCGGAAAUUCUGGUCUUGACAUGAUCAACUCAGCUGGCCUUGGGUAUCCCGACAUCUUCUCAGUCGCGGCAACCUAUCGCGCUCCACCUCCCGAUGACUCGUCCUACAUGGAAUGGGGUGACGGAGAGAUCUGA